CUGCACGUCUUACGCAGCCAGCGGCUGCGGUGGCGUUGGGGAGACUCAGCCGUCGGCGCCCGCGGGCUGGGUUCCCAGCCUGGGUCAGAGAUGGCCUCACUGCCCCCCAGAGGCCUGGUCCCACCUCUGCUCUGGGGCCUAAGUCUCUUCCUUAGCCUCCCAGGCCCCGUCUGGCUCCAGCCCUCUCCGUCUCCCCAGUCCUCUCCCCCAACUGAGCUCCAUCCAUGUCAUACCUGCCGUGGACUGGUCGACAGCUUCAACAAGGGCCUGGAGAGAACAAUCCGGGACAACUUCGGAGGUGGAAAUACUGCCUGGGAGGAAGAGAAGUUGUCCAAAUACAAAGACAGUGAGACCCGCCUGGUAGAGGUGCUCGAGAGUGUGUGCAGCAAAUCGGACUUUGAGUGCCACCGCCUGCUAGAGCUGAGUGAGGAGCUGGUGGAGAGCUGGUGGUUUCACAAGCAGCAGGAAGCCCCAGACCUCUUCCAGUGGCUCUGCUCAGAUUCCCUGAAGCUCUGCUGCCCCUCUGGCACCUUCGGGCCCUCCUGCCUCCCCUGUCCUGGGGGCGCAGAAAAGCCCUGCGGUGGCCACGGGCGGUGUGAAGGGGAAGGGACUCGAGGGGGCAGCGGGCACUGUGACUGCCAGGCCGGCUAUGGGGGCGAGGCUUGUGGCCAAUGUGGCCUCGGCUACUUUGAGGCAGAGCGCAACGCCAGCCAUCUGGUAUGUUCGGCUUGUUUUGGCCCCUGUGCCCGCUGCUCGGGACCUGAGGAGUCCAACUGUUUACAGUGCAAGAAGGGCUGGGCACUGCAUCACCUCAAGUGUGUAGACAUCGAUGAGUGUGGCACGGAACGAGCCAGCUGUGGAUCCAACCAGUUCUGUGUGAACACAGAGGGCUCCUAUGAGUGCCGAGACUGUGCCAAGGCCUGCCUGGGCUGCAUGGGGGCAGGGCCAGGCCGCUGUAAGAAAUGCAGCCCUGGCUACCAGCAGGUGGGCUCCAAGUGUCUCGAUGUGGACGAAUGUGAGACAGAGGUGUGUCCAGGAGAGAACGAGCAGUGCGAGAACACCGAGGGCAGUUAUCGCUGUGUCUGUGCCGAGGGCUACAAACAGAUGGAGGGCAUCUGUGUGAAGGAGCAGAUCCCAGAGUCAGCAGGCUUCUUCUCGGAGAUGACAGAGGAUGAGCUGGUGGUGCUGCAGCAGAUGUUCUUCGGUGUCAUCAUCUGUGCACUGGCCACACUAGCUGCCAAGGGUGACUUGGUGUUUACCGCCAUCUUCAUUGGGGCUGUGGCGGCCAUGACUGGCUACUGGUUGUCAGAGCGCAGUGACCGUGUGCUGGAGGGCUUCAUCAAGGGCAGAUAA